GGACAUAGUCCAAAUCUGACCGGCAACAACUGGCUUCCCCUGAACAGCCGGGUGCGAACAGGGCCGGUCGUGGCUGUAUGGCGCUGGGAGCAGUGCCGGGAGACAGCGGGCGGCAUGACCACGGCAUCGCCCAGCAGUGUCCCUCCCAGCCUCCAUGCCUCCACAGUCAGCAGCAUCUUCGGUGCCCGACCUCCGCAGCCUCCAGAAAGUGUCCUCGGCAUUAGCUUCAAGCCCUACAGCCCAGAGUCCAUUAUGUUCUGGCGGUCGCAGACCGGCAUCGUGUACAAGGAGCCUGCCGAGAGCUGCAAGGACAGCCCCGUGCGCUGCGAUGGCAUCGUCGACUGCUCCCAGAGGAGCGACGAGCUGGGCUGCGUGCGCUUCGUGUCCGACGAGUCCUUGCUCCACAUCUACUCCAGUGCUGAGAGCCAGUGGCUGCCGGUGUGCAGCAGCACCUGGGACGACUCCUUCUCCAGAAAGACCUGCCGGCAGCUGGGGUUUCAGAACGCGUCGCAGACCGAAUACAUUCCCCUGCACGUCUCCGGCAAGACCCUCACCGUGACCGAUGAGCGAGAGACCAUCCAGCAGAGCCUCAACAGCUCACAGUGUCUCACGGGAAAGUACGUCUCCCUCCGAUGCACAA